AUGUCUUUUGCGACAAGCUUGAAAGAAGGAGAUGGCGACUUUUUGCUGGUAGUUGCUGGCCUGACACGAUUUGCGCCCUAUCUGACGGGCUGGCAAGAGUUCAAGGAUCACAUCCGGAGAGUGGUCAGGGAGCAACCUGGCUGGGUUGAUGUAUACGCAAGUCAGAGCCAGCGUAGGGGUGAAAUGCAAGGCUGGUGCAGACUCAAGGACAAAGAAGAUGCAGAUGCAGCUUACAAAACAUAUUUCAAGUCCAAAGGCAUGCUGGUACAUGUCUGGCAAACGCGUCGGAGCAGCGAUGGAUUUCGACUGAUGAGGUGCAACUGCUCCGUGCAUUUUCCAGAGUUACCUGAUGGCGCUCACUCUCCUGGACUCUGUGGAAUCGACAUUGGAAGAGUCAAUCAGCUAGGCGGCAAAACGUAUGCCGCCCUUCCAGCACAGUACGUGCCAGUCCCGCCAGGAUACGCUUAUCCUACAUACCAAUCAACCACUUCCUACGCUAUCCAACCAGUGUACGUAACACAGGCACCUCCAUUGCCGCUGAUGGUACCUCGGCCUCCAGUUUAUUCAGCGAGCAGCAAUGGCAUGCCAGUAAACAUUCGAGACGGGGCGAUGCUUACCGAGGCUCGCGGCAUUUUCAUUCAGAAUCUGAGCUACAAGGUUGGCUCAGACGAGCUCAAAAACUUACUGUACACUGUGGGACGGCCCGUUGAUUGCAAGGUGCACCGGGAUCGUUCCGGCGUAUCCAAGGGGGUAGCAACCGCCAAGUUCGCAUCGACGCACGAAGCACAGCUCGCGGUGACCCACCUAAAUCGCAAACCACACCGGGGGAUGACUUUGAAGGUUCGCUUGGAUCAAGACACAACAGUUGUUGGGCAGGUUGGCCCUCCUCUUGUCGUCAAUGGAUCAGUUGGUGCAUAUAGCGCCGGCAAAUAA